AUGGUGUCCCCCCCAGCAGCUAGUCCGUCCUCAAUAUCCCCGGCCAGCAGCUCCCACCUCGGGAAGCGCACCGAACUGAGCAGCGAGGACGCGGCCGACAACAACAACAACAAUGACGGAGGCAAGCCGACCUCCCGCCCCAAACGCGCCCAGGUCUCCCGCGCCUGCGCCCGCUGCAAGAACCUCCGCCGCGCCUGCAACGAGUACCGCCCCUGCAAGCGCUGCGUCGACGCCGGCCUCGGCGACCAGUGCCUCGGCCUGCCUGGCCCCGUCUCGCUGGCCUGGGUCUCGGACGGCAGCCAGGCUUUUGGUCAUGUCCCGCACGAGGCCGUCCAGCGCAUGGCCGAGCUGCUGCCGGCCCGCGUCAUGGACUACUGCGUCGACCGCUUCUUCGCGCGCCUGCACCCGACGAUCCCGAUCCUGACGCCCGAGUACGUGGCGCACCUCAAGGUCGUCGCCGGGCCCAGCGGCGAGCCCGGCAUGGAGGCCCACUGCCUGCUGACGGCAGUGUGCGCGCUGGUCCUGCUGCAGGUCGAGGAGCCGGAGAGCCUCUUCGUGCGCGGGCUGAUCCCGGAGAAGAACGCGCUGCACGGCCGCAUGCUCUUCGAGGAGGCGCUCGCCGCGCACCGCAACUUUGCGCGCCGGAGCAACCCGAGCUUCGAGCAGUGCCUGCUGACCUUCUUCCUGUACGCGUGCCACUCGGCGCUGUUCCACCACAGCCAGGCGUUUCUGUUUCUCCGCGAGGCGACGACGCUGUUCCUGCUGUUGCGGAUGAACACGGAGUCGGCGCCGCGCGCGCUGGCGGACCGGCUAUUCUGGGUGCUGCUGGUGUCGGAGCGCUCGCACGGGAUCCGGUACCGGCGGCCCGUGACGCUGCAGAUCACGGCGGAGAGCCCGGCCAUGGACGAGGGGGACCCGCACCUGUUGUCCGGGUUCUGGAGCCUGGCGGGGCUGUUCGCGCCGCUGGACACGAGCUUCAUCGCGCUGCUGAACCAGGAGAAGGUGGCGACGCCACCGUCGAACGCGGCGCUGACGCUGAUCGAGACGGCGGUGAACUCGGCGCUGCGCGCGAGCAGCGAGCUCAAGGACACGCAGAAGGCGAAUCUGAGGGUUACGCAGCUGUGGCUGCGCAUCAUCCUCUGGCAGCUGCGGCUGCGGUUCGGGUAUUUGCAGGUGGCGGAGGAGGCGGCGCAGAGCAGCAUGACGUACCACUACCCGCUGGAGGUGGCCAAGGACCUGGUGCUCUCGACGCGGGACCUGCCGGUGGACAGCAUCAAGGUGCACGGGGUGGGGUUGACGGAGAAGCUGUUUGACAUUGCGAGCGCGGCGGUGGAUGUGCUGGCGAGGGUGCCGAUUACGCCGAGUAGUCCGCACAGGAUGGGCGCUGGGCCAGAGGAUGAUUUGAAUUACAUGCGGCGGCUGAUUACGAGGCUGCCUGGAGGGAACUCUAUAUAUGACGAGCUGUUGGAUAAGCAUAUCCAGCAGGCGGUGCCGAGUAUGGUGCUCGGAGGGGGAACGCCGGGGCAGUCGGGGCAUCCGACGUGA